GUGUUCGAUGGCCGUGCCACGGUGGCACAUCUCAGAAGGUUCCAAAUGCAGAAUCAAAAAUCACCAUAGAAAUCUUCAUCCCUUUUCCACAUCACCAGUUUACCACGACAGAGCGGCAGCAACAUGUUUAAAGUCGUUAUUCUCAUCGGAGGACCCAUGAAAGGGACCCGGUUUCGGCCAUUAUCUCUUGAAUUGCCGAAACCUCUUUUUCCUGUGGCUGGUUUUCCUAUCAUUCAUCACCACAUAGAGGCUUGCAAAAAGAUUCCAGACUUGAAGGAGGUCAUCUUGAUAGGAUUUUACCAAUCAAGUGAACCACUAUCCAAGUUCAUCACAUCAGCACAACAAGAGUUUGGCUUGCAAAUCAGAUACCUCCAAGAAUACCAGCCACUUGGCACUGUAGGAGGGAUAUACCAUUUCCGGGACCAGAUCUCAUUUGGUAAUCCAGAUGGACUGGUUGUUAUUAAUGCGGAUAUCAGCUGUGAUUUCCCAUUUCAAGAGUUGCUUGAGUUCCAUCAGCAGCAUCCAGGGAAACAUACAAUUAUGACAACAGAGGCAAACAGAAAACAGGCUUAUAAUUAUGGUUGCCUUGUGGAAAAAGAAGGAUCUCAUGAGGUGGUCCACUAUGUUGAGAAGCCAGAAACAUUUGUCAGCUCGCUGAUCAACUGCGGAGUUUAUAUAUUCUCACUCACUGUCUUCCAAACCCUGUCAGAGCUUAUGCAGCACACCUAUAACAUUGCCAGGGAUGACCAUGUCGGAUUUGUUGGACCUGAGGUGCUACGUAUGGGAGAGGAUUUGCUUACACAUCUAGCAGGCACUGGCGAGCUAUUUGCUUACAAGACAGACAGAUUCUGGACUACAAUCAAAAGUGCAGGGUCAGCAAUCUAUGCAAAUAGAAAUUUCCUAAACUUGUACCAACAAUCUCACCCAAAGAGAUUAGCAACCAAUGCACAUGGAAAGCCUAUGAUUAUUGGUGAUGUAUAUGUGCAUCCCAGUGCAGUAGUCGAUACUUCAGCAGUGCUCGGCCCUAAUGUGUCAGUGGGCAGUGGAGUUGUUAUUGGGCCUGGGGCUAGAAUCAGGGAGUCGAUUGUUCUUGAUGGGGCAGAGUUGAAGGACCACUGUUGUAUCUUGUAUAGCAUCAUCGGCUGGAACUGUACUGUUGGCCAGUGGGCCCGUAUUGAAGGCCAUCGCUGUGACCCCAACCCUAAUGACCAGUUUGCCAGACCAGAUGGAGAAUCUCUUUUUGGCACAAAUGGCAAGCUCACCCCAUCCAUCACCAUUUUAGGUCGCAAUGUCUCAAUUCCAGCUGAGGUGGUUGUACUAAACUCCAUUGUCCUUCCGCACAAGGAGCUCUCUCAAAGUUACAAAAAUGAAAUUAUCUUAUGAAAAGCUGCCAGUCUAAGUGCUGCCUUCAUGCAAUGUUCCAAGAAUCCUUCUAGGAAUUCUUCCAUGAGUCAUUAUCAUGCAGAUUUAGUGUAAUAAGACAUAAUACUUGCUGAUGGCCUGGAUAGCAUUUGCAGUAGUGGCAAAUCAAUUAGAAAAAUUGUAAAAUAAUAUGUAUUUAAAUCUAAAAAUAAUAAUAGACGAGCACAUGCAAAUCAUACAACACAACGAUAAAAAUGAGGGUGCUUGAAACAGACUGUGUUAUCUGGUGCACUUUGGUUAUGUUUGUACAAGUCAGGUGGCUGUAGCAACGAAACUGUUCAAAUUUACAGCAGCAAUUCCAAAACACUCAUACAUUCCCUGAUUCCCUGUAACUUUAAAGGAAUGAUUUUUGGGGGAUACUGCGAUCGCUGAGUUGGUAUACCUGUGUAUUUGGUAUAUCUGGUGUAUGGCAUACUUGUGGUACUGCCAUCACUGGGCUGGUAUACCUUUGUAUAUGGUACAGUAGUACCCCUCGAACUCUGAAGGGACGAAAAUCAGUUCAAGUUAGCGGGGAAUUAUAGUUAGCAGAGUAAAAAUGAAUUAAGAUUAGGUUAAGGGAAAUCCAACUUAGUACGAGUUAGCGGGGAAUUCGAGUUAGCCGAGUUCUAGUUAGCGGGGUUCUACUGUAUAUCUGGUGUAUGGCAUACUUGUGGUACUCUUGUGAAUGGUAUUGGUAUACCUGUGGUACUAGUGUGUAUGUUUAGUUAUACCUGUGUUUUUUUAGUCCAUAACCAAAGUAUGUUUACAACAUUCCAUCCAUACUAGGUGCACCAAAAGGUUUUUAUAAACGAGCUAGAACAUUUCCCUUGUUGAAUUAUGAAAAAAAUAUUUAAAUUUUUCA